GUUAUAUUGUCAUCUUGAAAUUGAAGUGCAUCCAUUAGUUGAACAUAUAUAAUGGGUCAGACAGGUUCCUCCGAUGAGAUACUCCACGAUCUUUUCUGUCUAAUGAAAAUACACAAAGACGGCCGUGUGGAAAGGUUAUCCGGCACCGACGUCGUUCCGGCCGGCUUGGACGCCGUAACCGGAGUGCUAAGCAAAGACGUCGUGAUUUCUCCGGAGCCCAAAGUUUCUGCUAGGCUCUACCUGCCGCCCAAAAUUCCUACCGGCGGGAAACUUCCGCUUUUGUUGUAUUUCCACGGCGGCGCGUUUGUGACUGAGUCCGCCUUCUCCCCCACGUACAUGAAGCCGCUCAACUUGCUGGCGGCGGAGGCCAACGUCUUGAUCGUGUCGGUGGAUUUCAGAUUGGCCCCGGAGCACCCUCUCCCGGCGGCGUAUGACGACGGGUGGACGGCUCUGAAAUGGGCCGCUUCCCACGCCGCCGGCGACGGCGGCGAGGAGUGGCUGAAUCAGUACGCUGAUUUCGACGGCGGAGUGUUCCUCGGCGGCGACAGCGUCGGCGCCAACAUAUCACACCACCUGGCACUGCGGGUCGGGUCGACGGAGGAUAAUAGCGUGGACGGCGUCAAAAUUAACGGACUUUUCUUCAACUGUCCGGUUUUCUGGGGAGAGGAAAAGAUCGGCGAUGAAGCUGCUAUCCAGUUCAUCACCCCGUUCGUGGAGACCAUGUGGAAAAUCGCCCUGCCGGAAGCCACGGGGUUUGACGACCCGCGUAUCAACCCCGCAAAGGACCCGGAACUGGGAAAACUGGGUUGCAAGAGAGUUCUAAUUUAUGUUGCAGAGAAAGAUGUAUUAAAGCACAGAGGGUGGCAGUACAAGGAAGCAUUGGUUAGCAGUGGGUGGCAAGGGGCGGCGGAGGUGGUGGAGGUUAACGGGGAACACCAUAUUUUCAGCUUGACUAACCCCACCUGUAAUAACGCCAUGGCUAUGCUUAAAAACCUCGCCACUUUCUUCCACCACUCCAACCCAUAAUCACACCUGCAGGAUCCAAUCAAUUUCACAAUAUAAAUUAAAUAAAUAAAUGAGAGGUGGAGCUCAUCACACAAAGUCAUCUGAUCUUAGUGUGAUUAUCUUCAAUUCCUCUAGGUGCAGUGUAACUUCACAUUUGAUGCAUAAGAGUUUUUCUAGUGUUGUUGUUAUUCCGGUUUGCGAUUAGUAUGUAAUCAAAUCCAUGUAUAAUAAUAAUAAUAAUUAUUAUCUAAUAAAAAAGCUCUUUCUUGGUGUGGUUUGUAACUAA